ACUCCCAAAUCUCCCGCGAAGGGGGAGUCCAAGGGAUCAAAUCGCCGACUCCUCUCUCUCUCUCUCUCUCUCGCUCCGAUCUGCUUCGACAAUGGCGACGAUGGCCGCGGCCUCUCUGAUCCGCGCCCCACCGAGCUCCCUUCAUCAUCCUGAGGGAUUGUGGAUUCGACUGUGUGGACGUUUUUGGUAUUCAAAGGGGGAGCAUGGGAUGGCUCGUUCCCUAAUCUUUUCGAGAAGGCGCAGGAUCAGAUUUGGGGGAGUAUCAGUAUCAGCUAUCAAUCAAGAUGCUGAAAAAUCCUUCAAGAAGACAGUGGAAGUGGACCGUCUAAUCGAUUUGUUGAAAGUUGCAGAUGCUAAGGAACUUGACCAACUUGUCGUGGAAAAUGUCCUUGCAUUCAACGAAGCCUUUUGGAUCCGCCUUGCUGCUAGGACAGAUACGUGCAGAUCUGAUGAUGACAAAAAGGAUUAUGAAGAAUUGGCUGCAUCUGUGAUGACCAUAGUAGAUCGCCUUGUCCAUAAAACCAAUGAAAGGAUAGGAUCUGCAACUGAUGUUCUUAAGGCUAUUCUGAAUCCUGUAGUGAAUGGCGAUGAAGAGAUAUCAUGGCCUCCUAGAGAUCCUGAAGCUCUUAUUUUGAUGGAGAAAGAACUAGAGAAGAAAGAACAAGAAGGUUUACUGGACGAAGGAUUUCUUUCUGAAGUUAAUGCUCAAUUACGUCAAGCAAAAGAAGAUGGGGAUAAGCCAGGGCUCGAGGCUAUGCUGCAAAAGGUCUUGCAAGUUUACGCUUCUAAAAUACUUGCAAAACGUAGCUAUGCAAAUAAAGGUGAAAAGACCCGCAAUUGUUAUUUAUUUAUUAUGAAAAGUUAUGUAUGGUUCUCAAAUUGUUCGAUUUCUGCAGGGGGGAAAGUUUUGAUAGCAGAGAAGUUUCUUGAAGCUGUGAUUCAAGCUCCUGAGAACCAGUGGAAUAAACUGUUGAUCGAUGGACUUAGUGUUGGCAAAGGCGAAGUUCCAGCAGAAGAAUUUUACACGGUUAUAAAGAAACGCAUUGAACGAGUCUUAAUACGCACUGAAGGAGGCUCAUACGAACAACGCAUCCUUGUUGAGUAUCUCAGAGGCAUACAAUCAAGAACUGAGGAAAUUGUUCGAGCACUUCAAGGGCCUCCAACUUGAGUUGGAUGAAUAUAUUGUGUAAAUUGGUCGAGUAGCCUAGCUCUGUUUCCACAAGCAAUUCAGAUUCAAAUGCUGGUUUUGCUUACAGGAUUAUCAUCUGCAACCUUCUUCGAGCAAUCUAGAGUCUAUUCUCCCAUUGUGAAGAGUCAAAUAGACUGAUAGAACAACGAGACAGAAGAUUGAGCUUGAAAUGUUUGAGUAGCAAAAGAAAUAUUGAUUGAGUAGCGUGUAGUUAUUUAACUUCUCAGUUCAGGAAGCAUAAUGGAGGAAGGGUGAAACAA